AUGAACGAGCCAGCUGUGAGGGAUUUCAUCAGGAGAAACCGCACGUUCGACCUGGUGAUCUGCGAGCCGAUGCCCUACCAAGCUUACUACGGCCUGUUCCACACGGUCGGAUCGCCUCCUCUCGUCGGCUUCGUCACAUUUUCUGCGGUUGCUUCCACAUACUAUACCCUGGGCAAUUUCAUGAACCCAGCCUAUAUGCCUGAUGUCCUAGUUAGUCUCUCUAAUCACCUGACCUUCUGGGAGCGCGUGUACAACACCUACUACUAUCUGAGGUUAUACCACAUGUGGUUCUACGGAGUGCUCCCGAAACAGGAGUCUCCCAUGAGAGAAGUCUUCGGAACUGAACCACCUUCAAUUUACGAAACUGAGCGCAGCUACAGUUUACUCAUAGUCGGCAACCAUUUCUCUCUGGAGUACCCUCGACCGCAGCUACCGAAUGUCGUAGAGAUUACUGGCCUCCAAGCAUCAACGAAGAUCGAGAAGUUACCGAAAAAUAUCCAAGAUUUAUUAGACGGAGCGGAUCAUGGCGUCGUCUACUGCAGCCUUGGUUCCAACGUCAGAAGCAUAGACCUCCCACUGGAGAAGAUUCAGACACUCGUGGAGGCAUUCAGAGAGCUGCCGCAGCGCGUCAUCUGGAAGUGGGAGAACGACUCCCUGCCUUCUCAGCCAGACAACGUCAUGGUCCGCAAGUGGCUGACGCAACAGUCCGUACUGGGCGAGCUGUUGUUUAAUCUAACUCGUCCUAUAAGUUGCAUCCAUGUUGGAACAUUUCAGCUCGGUGACAAUGUUUACUUUUACAAUUCAAUCACCAAGGUCAGUGAUGCUAGGAGUUGA